UUCUAAAAGCUUCCACUGUGAAAGUUCUUGGAGAGGACGAGGAGGACUAAAUAGUAGGAGCCCUAAUUUCUGGGCGCGAGCAAAAAUAUUUCGAGCGAUUAGAAAGGGCGAUCGAUCGAUCGGGGCGCGCGAUUCGCGAUCGUAUGAGCGUGAUCGAUUGCGGCGUGGCGAGGGAUGAUCACGGUGAUGCAUGAUUUUGUGGCAAUGCUCGUCAACGGGGCGGGUGAUGUUUCCAGCAGCGCCAGGUCGUGGAGCGCGGCGGGGGCGCUGCUCGUCCUCCUCUGGAUUGCGCUGGCGACGCUGCUGCCGCCGAUCCUGAGGAGGAUUGAGAGCGAUUCGUCGGCGCGGCAGGAUGGGAGGAGCGACCGGCUCCAGCGCAAUCUGGAUUGGGCGACGGAGCGUAGGAAGAUUUUUGCCGACUAUGAGAAAGUGAGGAGGAGCUUGAAUAUCGCUGGACCCUCCACGGGAGUAGUGGCAACAGAAGAGUUUAAGGUGAAUUCUCGAGGUGUUGAGCUUUUUACAAAGAGCUGGUUGCCGGAAUCUGGCCAACCCAAGGGACUGAUCUUCUAUUGCCAUGGAUACGGUGAUACUAUCUCUUUCUUCUUCGAAGGAAUUGCGAGAAGGCUCGCUCGAGCUCAAUACGCGGUGUUUGGAAUGGACUACGAGGGAUUCGGUCUCUCGUCUGGCCUACACGGCUACAUCGAAAGCUUUGAUGUUCUCGUUGAUGAUGUAAUCGAGCAUUACUCGUCCAUCCGAGAACGAAAGGAGUUCACAGGACUUCCAUGCUUUUUGUUUGGUGAAUCCAUGGGAGGAGCCAUAGCCAUCAAAGCACAUCUCAAGCAGCCGAAAGUCUGGGAUGGAGCAGUCCUGGUCGCUCCAAUGUGCAAGAUUGCGGACGACAUGUAUCCUCCGUGGAUUCUGGUGCAGAUUUUAAAGGCUCUCGUUCCGGUUUUCCCGAAGUCAAAGCUACUGCCCACGCGAGACCUUGCUGCCUAUGCCUUCAAAGACCCGGAGAAACGCAAGAAGGCAUACUACAACGUCGUUGGCUACGUCGAUAGGCCGCGCCUUAGAACAGCUUGGGAGUUGCUUGUGACGACACAGGAGAUCGAAUCGAGCAUGAGACAAGUGUCUCUACCGCUGCUCAUAUUGCACGGUGGUGCCGACAAAGUCACGGAUCCAUCGGUGAGCAAAGCUUUGUAUGACAACGCUAGCAGCACGGACAAGAGGCUCUAUCUCUACGAGGGGGUCUAUCACGGCAUUUUGGAAGGCGAGCCCGACGAUACCAUCGACAGAGUUUUGGCGGAUAUUUGCUCGUGGCUUGAUCUCCACUCCAAACAAAACUAAUGCAAAGAAUUGAUCUUGUCAAUACAAACAUCUUUGAUACAUUUU